AUGAACCCUUUCUUCCCAUCUGCUCUACAGGACAUCUAUGAUCUAAAGGACCAGAUUCAGAAUGUAGAGGGGCGGUACAUGCAGGGACUUAAAGAGCUGAAGGAGUCGCUGUCGGAGGUGGAGGAGAAGUAUAAGAAAGCCAUGGUGUCGAACGCACAGCUGGACAACGACAAAGCCAACCUCAUCUAUUACGUGGACACACUCAAAGAUGUCAUCGAGGAGAUGGAAGAGCAGAUGGCCGAGCUGCGUAGGGAAACUGAGGACAAGUCUAAGGAACUAGAAAGACAAAAGCACACAUGCACAAUCCUGCAGCACAAACAAGUGGAGUUAAAGGAGGGAAUCCGCCAAAGAGAUGAGCACAUUGCGAAACACGGCCUGGCCAUCAUCCCAGAGGGAAUGCCUAACGGGGACAUCAACCAUAAUGACCCAGCCACAGGGAUCACCGGGGUCGCACAGGAGGCUGCCCAGGUGCUGGAGUCAGCAGGGGAAGGGUCUCUGGAUGUUAGGAUACAAAAGCUUGCGGAUGAAAAGGACGAACUCUUAGCCCAGAUCAGGAAGUUGAAAAUGUGUCUGGAGGAUGAGAGGCAGAAGCACUCCAAGAUGGAGAAUGCCUUCACAGAUGGAGAGAGGAUGGAGAAUGCCUUCACAGAUGGAGAGAGGAUGGAGAAUGCCUUCACAGAUGGAGAGAGGAUGGAGAAUGGCACUGACCUGCACUUCAUUGAGAUGCAAAGAGAUGCCAACAGACAGAUAAGUGAAUACAAGUUCAAGCUCUCGAAGGCAGAACAGGAAAUGGGCACAAUGGAACAAAACAUCAACAGACUUGAAGGACAAGUGUCCAGAUACAAGGCAUCAGCGGAUAACUCAGAGAAAAUAGAAGAUGAACUGAAAAUUGAAAAAAGGAAACUUCAAAGAGAGCUGCGGAUUGCACUAGAUAAGAUUGAGGAGAUGGAGAUGACCAACAACCACCUAGUAAAGCGCCUUGAGAAGAUGAAGGCCAAUCGGAACGACCUUCUGUCUUAGCAGUGAAGGCCGCUGGAUUGCCACAGAAGCCGUUAAACUCGUACCUUUGACUGCCAUAUUGCGUCUGGAGCACGUUUCCAUUCUUCCUCAGUAACACUUGUUGUGUAGCAAAACCAAAAACACUUACAGAAAAAAGCAACACUGGUAGCAGAGAGGCAGAAGUAUUUUUUAAAUAAAAUAUAGGCAUUGGUUUGUCUUUUUUGUGUGCCAGUGUCUUUCAAAGGGAACCUCAAAAACCUAUUAAACCAUAGUUAUUAGGGGAUGAUGAUGACUCUAAUAAAUUCGCAACUCAUGACUUUAUUUUUCAAUGCUUUGGACUACAUGUUAUUCACAAGGUUUUACUUAUCUCUGGCUGGGUGCUUGGCUAUUUCUUUGUUUUGUAUUUUUUGAUAAGUUGCAUGAAUGAGUAUUAUGAUUAUUUUGAACUGUUAAACCCUCAAGGCUGCUCUCUCUGGCCUGCACCUAUCUAUAAUCCCUCACACAGUGAAGUGCCUUCUCACACCUAGAGACUGAGGGUUUUACAUUAUCUUAAGAUUUUAAACAAAUAUAAUAACUUGUACAAAAUAAUGUAUUUAAAGGUGCAGUCAUGAUUUGAUGAAAUAUAUAGAACCAAUUGUUUUGAGAUUUCAUAAAGAAUUUAAAAAUAUAUAUAUAUUUUAAAAGAUUUCUUGAAAAUAAAUGUGCAAAUGACAGAA